AUCAAUAAUGGGGAAUUGUCUCAUACACAAACAACGUGCACCCUUGAUAAACAAAGGGGACCGAAUAUCGCAGUUGCCGGAACACAUGAUCCACCAAAUUCUAUCAUAUGUUCCUGUAAAAGAUGCUGGUCGAACAUCUAUUCUAUCCAGGUACAUGAGAACAGUAUGCACUUCUUACAACAUUUUCAAAUUUUUGCAUUAUGAUCACAACUCUUUUGCACUACAAUUACUACUUUCUGGUGAAAGUGAAACCCCUGAUAUUUGUGAAAUAAGGGACAAAUUCAUGGAUUUUGUGGCUACUAACUUGGUUCGAAUAAACCAUGAAAAGUCUGCAGUAUUCAAACUUAAAUUGGAUUUGGCUGUACUUGACGACGAGUUUGAACAUGUUGAUCGGUUAAUGUAUUUGGUUGGAAAAACUAAGGUUGACAAAUUGUGUGUUUCUGUGCAAACAAAAGACUCUCGUUGGUAUUGUAGGGAGGUGUUUGAGGGAGAUUUAUGUUACAAAUUCCCCUACCAGGUUUUACUGGCUUCAAAUUGGUUACAAUCCCUUAGUGUUCGAUGGUGCAAGUUUACAAGUACCAACGGGUAAUAACCCGGGUCCUCCGUACAAAUAACCCGUCUAUAUAUACGGACCCCCAUCAAUGCCAAAGGUACGCAAUUCCAAUCCAAUCAUUCUUAUGAGCAUUUAUUACAGAGCUACCAGCAUAAUCUGACUUAAGCAUCGGAGGGGUAAUUCUCGGAUCACCCCCGAGGCUAGUUAACGGCUUCACUGUGCAGGAUCCAGUCAGCAACCUCAGUCGGGAGUCAGUCAUCCUUUUCCUGUUCCGAGUCCGCCGCCGGAACAGUUACAAUCCCUCAGUGUUCGAUGGUGCAAGUUUACAAGUACCAACCUUAUUAGCUACAAUGUCGGCAACUUUUCUUCCCUGCGACAGAUAUGGUUGUCACAUGUUAUGCUGGGUGAUGAAGCAUUGAGUAACUUAGGUUUGGUGUUGGAGGAGCUUUAUAUCGACUGUCCAAAACUAAUUUACUUCCGCUAUAGUGGGUGUAAGAAGAUUCCAACGUUUAUUUAUCUUAACGUACCAACUACUAUACAGACUAGUAUACGCUUUAAUUUUAGCGUGCCGUCUGGUAUUAACUCGUCGUGGUUCAUCAGCUUAAACAAGUUUGUAGAGAUGAUAGGAGUACACCAACAUGUUUACCUACAUCUUGAUGUUUGUCGUUUGGAGUUGGCUGAAUUUAUUCUGGAUGAAUUUGAAGCAACUCAGAUUUUCCAAAAUAAUGUUCACCUAGAUCUGCGGAUAAUAUACAGCUGUAACAUACAAAAUUCAGUUGCUCUUGUAGAUGGCUUGAUUUGGAGUAUCCAUCCGAGUACCUUGAGUAUUGAGGGUGGUUGUUAUGAAUUUAUCAAGGACUUGUGUGGAAAACUAGGUAUUAAAAAAAGUGAAGAUGAAUCAUGUUGUGAGCAGCAAGAGUCAUGCAGUAAAUAUUGGUGGCAUAAUAUCAAAGACUUUGAAGUUAAGCACCAAGAUAAAGACAUGAAGGAGAAGUUGAUAUCUUUGCCGGAGUUGUACCAAGACUACCAAGGUUACAAACCUAGAAACAAGUCUUGUUUCAAAUUUCAUUGGCGCUCUUGUAUCAACUUGAUUCAAAAUUCCUUUAUCCUACACUAA